GCGUUGCUCCGGGAGGCGCCCGGGGCCGGGCGCGGAGCUGCGGGCUCGGGGGUGUGAGCGGCCGGGCCGGGCGCCCCAGGAUGCUGCGGUUCCUGCGCAGGACCUUUGGCCGGCGGUCGAUGCAGCGCUACGGGCGAGGAGCGGGGCGCGGGGCCGGGCGAGGCGGGCUCGGCGGUGAGGGCGACGAGCGGGACGGUGGGCUGCGAGGAGCCGCCGCCGCUGUCUCCGGGGGUUUCCCCUCCUCGCCGCACCCCGGCGGGGUCGUGCACGGCGCCGGAGCCCCCGUCCACAUCCCCGCCGCCGGCGGCAGUAAGCCGGUGCUGCAGUGCCGCGUGCUCCUCCUGGACGGGACCGAAGUCAGCGUGGAGCUGCCGAAACAUGCAAAGGGACAGGAGUUAUUUGACCAGAUUGUGUAUCAUUUGGACCUUGUGGAAACUGAUUACUUUGGCUUACAGUUCAUGGACGCUUCCCAGGUUACACAUUGGUUGGACCAUUCUAAAUUCAUUAAGAAACAGAUAAAAAUUGGACCUCCGUACACGUUGCAUUUUCGAAUUAAAUACUAUUCAUCAGAACCGAACAACCUUCAUGAGGAGUUUACAAGGUACCUGUUUGUAUUACAGCUCCGACAAGACAUUCUUUCAGGGAAACUGAAAUGCCCUUAUGAAACAGCUGUUGAACUAGCAGCUCUGUGUCUUCAAGCUGAACUGGGAGAGUGUGAACACCCAGAGCACACACCAGAACUUGUGUCUGAAUUCCGAUUUGCACCAAACCAGACUGAAGCAAUGGAAUUUGACAUCUUCCAGAAAUGGAAGGAGUGCAGGGGAAAGAGUCCAGCACAGGCUGAACUGUGCUACUUGAACAAAGCCAAAUGGCUAGAAAUGUACGGUGUAGAUAUGCAUGUAGUUAAGGGAAGAGACGGUUGUGAAUAUGCUCUUGGACUGACACCAACGGGCAUAUUGAUCUUUGAAGGAGCAAAUAAAAUAGGCUUAUUCUUUUGGCCUAAAAUCACAAAAAUGGACUUUAAAAAGAGCAAACUAACACUAGUGGUCGUGGAAGAUGACGAACAGGGCAGAGAGCAAGAGCACACAUUUGUUUUCCGGUUAGACAGUGCCAAAACGUGCAAACAUUUGUGGAAAUGUGCAGUGGAACAUCAUGCUUUCUUCAGACUGCGAGCCCCAGCAAACAGUAAAUCUAGUAGAUCUGACUUCAUAAGGCUGGGAUCACGCUUCAGAUUCAGUGGACGGACAGAGUAUCAAGCAACACAUGGGACAAGAUUGCGCAGAACUAGUACGUUUGAAAGACGGCCCAGCAAGCGAUAUCCUUCUCGAAGGCAUUCGACGUUUAAAGCAAACAAUCCUGUGAAAGCAGCACAACUGUGUGCUAAAAAUACUCCUGAAGUCCACAACUACCAGCCACAGUAUCAUCCUAAUAUACAUCCUGCUCAGCCACACUGGCACCCACAUACACCUGUGAAUGUAAGCUAUCCCUUGAACAACAGUGAUCUGCACCAGUUCAACAUUGAGGAGAAUGGCGGAGCACCAUAUGCUGCAAAAAUGCCUGCGAGGCACCACCACCACCACCGCCAUCACCACCACCACGCCAGCUACGGCGCCCUUGCUCCCGACAGCAAAGACAUUGUUUCUGGAGUUCCAAACCCAAAUAAAUUGAGCUCAGGACUUCCCCUUCUUUAUGAUGAAACCUCUCAUCUGAAGAAAAUAGAAACGGAGAGUGUGAAGGUAGUUGGACCAUGGCCAGCCCUGCACGUCAUGAACAAGGUUGAAGAGAAAAAGGUACCUGAAAAGACUCUUCAUCCCCCUGUGUCGCCUUCCUCUGUCCCUGAUCAUAUGAAGUGCAACAUUCUUAAAGCUCAAGUAGAAGCUGCUUUCAGAGUAGGCACUCAGGCUGUGAAAGAAGAGACCUCUUUUGUAAAUCCCAGUAAGACCUCCAGCCUGCAGGACCCUAAUGUAAGAAGUCCAGCUCCAGUGCGACCUGAAACUACGCCAUCAUCUGGCCCUCCAGAAAAGCAGGAAAUUAAAGUUUCUCGUGUGAGGAAGUUAACAAGACAGUACAGCUUUGAUGAAGAUGACCUUCCUCCAGCACUGGCAGCAGCAGCAGCAGCAUCAACAUCUGUAUCUUCAGCAUCUCCUGGGUCACAGAAAAUGUGCACACCACAGACAUCAGAAGGACAAACACAGCUUUCACCUGGUGGCAAGAGUUCCACAGAUGCUGGAAGUACUUUUGCUCUGGAGCCAGGUGACCUUCUGAUGGAUUUCACAGAGGCCACACCUAUGAUAAAGACAUUCCCUGCUGAUACAUCUAAUCCUUUUUUCGAUCCUUUUACAACAGUACCACAGUUUUCUGCAGAGUUCACAGACAGCAAAUUGCAGUGCUGUGCGGUGCAGUCAUCUCCCAAGCUUUCGCCGGUACCGAAAUCUCCUGUUCUGAGAUCCCUGGCAGAGCCUGUGCCGACUCCAACAGUGCAGACAAUAUACAUGUCACAUAAACCGAUAUCGCUGGCGGACAGCGCUGAGACUCUGAGGCGUGAACUUGAGAGAGAGAAAAUGAUGAAAAGACUCUUGAUGACAGAAUUAUGAAAUUCUCGCUUCCGUCUGAUGGAGAAUGGAUUGGGGCCUUUCAUGUGCCUUCUGUCUGUUUACAUUCCUCUGCUUCUGUGUACUCAACAUAAUGCAUCGGGAAAACGUGUGAUAUUCCUGACUCGCCUGGAUUCACCACGGUUGGUUAAAAUUCAGUCUUGGCUAGACUUUAACUUGAAGGAGUUCCUUUAUUCGUUUGCUGCUGGGAAAUAAACCUUCAAUCCUUUCUCUCUCCUGAGAUUUUAUACUAUUAACACAGUUAAUUUCAGGUUUGGUUUUGGUAAAUCUAGGGUAAAAAGGAUCAGCAAGGAGCAAACUGAUCUCUAUUGGGAAACACUGUUCUGUACAUAUGUUAAUAAGUGCACAGAAAUUAAUGUUAUGCAGAAUAUUUUGAUAGUAACAUAGAAAAUAUGUCAUUUUGUACAACUGAAAAUUGCAAUGAGCUACUGCUAUUUGUUAAAGAACCGUUUUUAAAGCAGAAGAAUGAUUAUUACUUCCUAACCCCAGGACUGUUAGUCUCCACAGAAAAACGAGUGGCUGUCUUACUAAAUUCCUAACCUUAACCUUUACUCAGAGAUACAAAUAGCUGCAGGGGGAGGACACCUCUCCACACAGGUGUACGCACCCAACACUCCCCAUAGUCUGCCUUCUCAACCUCAACCUGAAACUAAAUCUUACUUUAUUUCCAUUAAUGAUUAAGAAAAAAACACCAGUUGUUUAAAGCAAUUUGAUACUGACUCUCUAGCUUGAUACUGACUUUUUGUAACUUGGUGGGAAGUUCUAGCUUCCCCAUGUUGCUGGGCACUCAGGCUUGCCCACACAUAGAUGGCUCCAGCUACAAAGCUUGGGCAGCACGAGUACAGCUAGCACAGCCAGGGUGCUUCCCCUCUCUGAUUCACCUUCCUGCUGCAUUGAUUUAUCGAUCACAUUAAAAAUAAUACAAAUAGUUUGUGGAACAGGGUUGGGUGGGUGUUCUCAUUAGCAGGACCGCAGCUUCAAGGAGUGUGUUGUGGUAUACAGGUAAUAUGACCAACAGUUUCCUAAAUUUUAAAGAGCAGUUCUCCAUUUCCCCCUGUCCAGCAGUGCAGGGUUGCCUACAAAGCUACUAACAACUGACUGUCAGCUACGAGAUACUAUUCCAACAGGAAAGCUUUUGUGUGUUUUGUAUGGCUGAAGAUGUAUAUUUUUCUGUUACUCUGUACUCUGUGUUCUCUGGUUUGUACUAAGAUAAAAGAUUGUCCUUAAUUUGA